CAACUUGCAACCACGGUGUCGCCCGAAACGUCGCAACCAUCAACCACGGCUUGUCCGCCCCAUCACACGGACUCCCUAGAGGAGGACGACGAUUCCUACAUUGCACCCCCACCACUUUCGCCAGCAUCCACUUCGAAUCCCUCUUUCGCAUAUCCCCCGCCAUUCUCCUCUCUUAUCUUCUCACCCCAGUCCGACCCCAAUCGCGCAUACAAAGUUACUGAACCCGGACCCGCUUGCCCUCCUGCGUUAGCGCCUCCAGCAUCUGUCGAAGAGUCGCUAGAGCCGGCCCCUUCCUCGGCGGUCGUUGCUGAUACAAAAGCGUCUUUCUCCGAACCGAAAAACGAAGGUUCCUCCGACGACGGUGAACCCCCGCCGCCUUACACAGAAGGAUAUAGUCCCCUAGAGUCAUUCACCUACGUGAUGGCAGCUGCAGGAGGUGCCUCCAGUCUGAUCACCCAGGUCCAGCAGACUGGCCCGCUCAACACUAUCAGUGAUAUCGGCGGUGAUGAACAUAUUAAUCUCGAUCUCCGGGGUAUCCGCUUCAGUCUUUCGCGAGAUGAGCUACUGACUUUGCCGGAAUUUGUGCUUCUAUCCCUCUUUCCAAAUGGUCUCCUCCCCGACGGACAUGCCGCUGCAAAUGGGUUCGACGGUGAUGUAUUCCCAGUUGAUUACGACCCGGCCUCCCUCCAGUACAUGCUGGAUUUCUUCCGAACGGUUGCCCAGACGAUCCCCUCACCCCCGACCUCUGGCUCGGCUUCCCCUGACCCCGAAAUAGAUCCCAUGCAAGGAUCGACUCGUGAUAUGCUGCAGGACCGCGCUGGAAUCAUUGUGCUCCGAGAGGAUCUUGAUUUCUAUGUGAUCCCCCCGCGCCCCGAUAUUGGUCACGAUGAAAUGUUGGAAGUCAAGCAGUCCGCUGGCAGAUCGCUGUUAAGACAGGACGGUAUCUUCUCUGGGCUAAGGAAGAGCGAGGAAAUCGGGUCAACUGAACAGCAUCUGAUUGAAAUGCUGACAGCCGGAGGAUUCGACCGUGCAGACCAGUGGGGCCACCGUGCUCCGGAGCCCAACAAGGCAGUCAUCUGCAGUCUUGCACUUGCCAAACUUCGCACUGACAUUCGUGGAGACUUGUCGAACAACAAUGCUGUGGGUAUGGCUCAGAAGCUGCUCUUGUUCUGGCGCAAGCCUGCCCGCCGCUGCUGGUGGGAAGGCAUCGAGUUGAACGAUGUGGAUGGUGUCGACGGCCCCGUCAAGGUCUGGAUUCGGCGCGUAUGGACUCUGGAGAUGAGUGUAAUUGGACUCCGGUGA